AUGGAGGUGGCAAAGUCGUUACCGUUGCCAGCAGCGGUCCCAAAAGAGCCGUCUCGCAAGCUGGCUCCUACAGAAGAUCUCAUCGAGGUGGGCAGGUUGAUCAAUCUGAUCCCCGUUGGCUUGAAAGAGGCUGCUAUUGAUUCUCCUACAAGCCGAGCAACUAUCCAGCAUUAUACUGAGCAGAUCGACUUGCUCGAGAAAUGGCUCGACGAUUACCUAAAGGCCACCAACAGGCUCGUUGCCGAACAUGUUGCCCUCGAGAACAUCAUCAACAACUUCACACAAUGCGCCGUUAUCCCUACCGCCGUCUCCGAGACCAUGCUCGACCACGACUACAGCGUACUGGCUAUGAGAAAGUAUGCUGAGGGAGCCAAGGACUACUGGAUGAGCAUGGUCACUGUUAUCAAAAGGCUGCCCUCACUAGUGUGCGAACCAAUCCGUCUGUUUCAGUCCAACGAGCUCAAGGUCUUCAGAGAGACAAGAAAGAGCAUUGACCAUUGGCAGAAGCAAUAUGAUACUUUACACUCCAAGUACAUGGCUCUGGGCAGAUACAAAGAACCAUCCUCAAUCAGAGAAGAGGCCUUUCAGCUGCACGAAACGAGAAAGCAAUAUUUGAGAGCUGUUAUGGAUCUGUUCCAGACGACUCCUCAAUUCAGAUUCAAACUGGAUAAACUGCUCGUCCGGAUAUUCAGCGAUCAGUGGAGGGAGAUGCGCCAGGCGAGAGAUAAUACCGCUACCACUUUCCAAAAGAGCGCUGCAGAUAUGGACAGAGUCAGAGGCUGGAUUCGAGAGAUGGAGAACAGUGAAAGUAGCUUUCAGAGGGAGUUGGCCGCUGCCCGGAAGCAGCUUGAAGAAGAGGCUGAAAUCACUACCAGGCCUUCUCGUGAGCUGGAUGACUAUUCGGCUUAUUCCUUGCAACAUACCACUGGCCAUUCUCACACAGCCAGCACCGCCGGUGCUGCUCUGACCAGAUCGCCAGCAAAGGCAACCUUUAAGAAUGGUGAACGAGCUGGCUGGCUCUUUCUGAGGACCUAUUCUGGCAAGCCUACCCGUACUGUUUGGCUCAAGCGCUGGGCUUUUGUCCGCAACGGUGUCUUUGGCUGGCUUGUUCACGACCCAAGACUCGGUGGUGUCGAAGAGAGUGAGAGGUUGGGUGUGCUUCUGUGCGCUGUAAGAUCUGCUCCUCAGGAAGAGCGCCGCUUCUGCUUCGAGCUCAAAACAAACAGAAACACUAUACUCCUUCAGGCCGAGACUCAGGCAGAUCUCACUGCUUGGAUUGCUGCUUUCGAAGCUGCCAAGGCUAAAGCUGUCCAUGAUCCUGCUUCAAGUGACAGUCUGACUUCUGGCACCUCAACCAGCGACCCUGCUUUCUCUAUUUCUGCUCCUCCGGUGCCUGAAUUUGGUACGUCCGUUUUGGCUUCCACCGAACCUGGAGCAACAGACGACAUGGCUCUACAGCAUUCGAGCACGCUCCCUCUCCCCGGUUCUGACGAUCGAAGAGGAAGUUUUGAUGUCUCGAGAAGAGGGACUGGCGUUGACGAAACUCAACGAGAUCAUGCAAGCCGUAUUAUGUCCAAGCUCGACCUCAGCAGACGUGCGCCGACUACUCCCCAGCUUUCUGCCUCCCCGAGCACAUCUAACCCUGCCGGCGGCAUUGCCAGUUUGAUAGCAGCAAGCCAUGGUUCUAUGCCUGUCGGCCCGAGCAUACCUCUCGUACGGUCUGAUGAUCCUUUGACGCCCAAGCACGCUAAAUCUGCCUUCACCCUUGCUUUGAGGGACAUGCCACCUAGCACUCUCGCCCCUUCAACGCUUGCCAAUGCUCCAGCACCAACGAGCUUGAGCAAAGCUGCUGUGGCUGUCUCAGGAGAACUUGGCAUCCGGGGAAGUGUCACAGGCAGAUACGGUAUUCCGAAUGCAGUCCUUGCCAAUACUUGGGGCAGCUCAAACUCGAGCUUUGUUAAUCGCUUUGAUCGUAGUGAGCUCAGGGUCGUCUCGGACCACAAGCCAACCUUGCAAGCUAGUCCUCUUCUGCUGCCGUCCGGGUCACCUCCAAAAUCCAACUCACCGAUCAGAGCUACUGUCCGAAGUACUGACACACAAUCUGCAGACCUAGCACUUCCACUCCCAAGUAUACCGAGGGGUCGUACUCCGUCGCCAACAAAGCGCCACAGAAAUACAAUCAGCUUUGACAAGAACAUAUCUCGUCUCAGCAAGGAUUCUGCUUUACCUGAUUUCCCCAACUACUAUCCCCUCCAACUAAAGACACAAGAUGCACAAUUCAGGCUACUCUUUCCGAACGUGCGACGCGAUGAGAGGUUAACCAUGGUCUUUAGAGCGACAUGGAACCCGAGUGGUCAACAGGAUUUUCCUGGUCGCGCCUAUGUCACGACGAAAGAGUUGUACUUCUAUAGCAAUCAUUUCGGUCUUGUCCUAACAUCCGGCAUCUCUCUAUCAUCAGUAGACGAAGUUACGGCUGCUCCUGGCAAAGAUUGUGACUUCCUGUUUGUGCACUUCAAAGAGCAAUCGUCAAGUGGUACCACUCGUAUCACCAUCAAGACGUUCCUUGAGCCACUAAAGCUUUUGCAAAGACGAUUGAACUAUCUGGUGAAGAACAGCCAAGCUGAAGAACCACAGUCGCUAGAAGAAGUCAUCAAGCAACUCAUGAGACUGGAGACUGAAGUCGUGAAGCGUACACCCAGUUCAGAUAGCUGGGAGAAUAUCUCGGGAGAUACUCCUGUUGAUGCUCACGGCGGCAACCGACCUAGAGCGGUCAGUGAAUACCGAGCCCCGACUCGUAUAGACCAUGGGCUUUAUGGAUCGCUCGACGAAAGAUCAGCAUUCAAACUACCUGCACAGCCUGUCAAAUAUGUGCCACCAGGCUACAACCGUCUCGCUGUCGAGCGCGAAUACGACAUCUCUCCUAAAGCACUCUUCCAUGUUAUGUUUGGCGAUCGAUCAGCCUUGUGGCAGCUCUUACAGCACGAGCGGCGAGCACGGGAUCUGAAACAAGGACCUUGGUCUCCCAUCUCAGAGGACAGUCCUGGUCGUCUGGGUCGAGAGUUCAGCUUCAGUAUUCCUCUUGCAGGAACGUUCGGUCGUGAACGGAUGCGCGGGGUCAGAGACUAUCAGACAAUAGAUGUGAUGAACGAACACCUCUGCUACGUGGUCACAGACCGACGAACCCCUUGGCAUCUGCCCUUCCAGUCCGCCUAUCGCUUGAUCUCCAAGAUAGUGAUUACACACGUUGCAAAGACGAAAUGUAAGCUCGCGAUCUACAUCCGCGUCGACUGGUCAGCCGAUCCAUGGGUACCUGGCAUCAACAGAAUCAUUGAACAACACGCUCUUGACGAUUUAGACCUCGAUGCUCAGGACCUCACCGACCUGGUAACUGAUCAAGUUCGGCGCCUAGGCUUUCAUUCACGCACCAAGAAAGCAAUCCAGAUAUUCGGACAAGUCGGACACAGCAGUGAGAUAACACAAUUGCACAUCGAGAAGAGUGCCUACAACAUCGAAAUGCGGCGAUCACCCCAGCGUCGUACGCUAGUCCGCCUCUUCAUAGAAGACCUGACGAGUGCAGCUCAACGCUGGAUCGGCAGUAUCAUGCAGGCCAUCCUCGAUUUCGCCGCCUGGCUAAACAAGACCAUGUCAGCAAACAGUCUCAUACUCGCCCUCCUCGCCAUCACCGUGCUAUACAGCUCAUUCUUCACCCUCCGCGACAGCUGGGCAUGGUACAACGAGCGGAACACCGCCAACUUCAUGCGCCGUCUCGGCGUUACCCCAGAUAACGUAAUGGGUCGAGCCAUCUACCUCUCCGACCUCGACGUCGCCAUGGCAAGCACAGGAUCCCUCCCCUCCAUCGACACAAACGUCUGCUACAGCGUCUUCCACGACGAUUACCUCAACCCUUCCACCUCCGACCCCUUCCUCCACUCCCAUCUACACCUCAGCGAACCAUCUCCCUCCUCACCACAAACCGCGAUCGCUCACCGCCUCCACCUAACGCGCGAGAACCUAGCACUAAAAAGACACGAUCUCAUCGUCGCAAUGCGCGUCGUCAACUCCAUCGAGCGAGAGGUCAUCGUCGGCGAAUACGAGAAAUUCGCCAUCGCGGAGCAUAGGCGCUGUAAGGCUAUUGAACCCAUUUUUGAUGCGAACGGGACUAGUAGUAGUGGCGGUGGUAAAGCGCUUGUUGCGGGGACUGGUGGGAGUAAGAAGGAGCAGGCGAGGUUGUUGGAGUGGUAUGCGGAGUAUUGUGGGAGUUGUGGGAGGGAAGCUGAGAGAAUUAGGAGUGAGAGUCUGUAA